AUGGCAAACAAGAAAAACAAACCUCCCUCCCCCUCCCCCUCCCCCUCCCCUCCCCCCUCAGCCGGUCUAGCCCCCAGCACCUGGGCCAACGCCCACGGAAGAGGAACUCCCAGUCCCGACACCCGCCCCCGCCGCACGUCAUUAAUAGCCCAACUCCAAAUGCGGCGUUCCUCGGGGUUCCUGGGCUUCGCCGGCAAAGCCCUCGCCAUCUGUCUACUCCUCCUCUUUCUUUCGACGGGCGCCUACGGCGGCAUGAUCACGGGUUUUACCAAUGGCUUCUUUGCCGCGCUCACACGCAUCAAAACCGACCCUUCGGUCGUGCGGGGGUACGAGCCAAAGGAAGAAUUCACGGGGGUGAAGGCGGUGGAUCAAGUUUUGGUUACGCUGGUGACGUUUUUUGCUGCUUGGUUGGAUGCUGGGGGCCCGGUGGAGGGAACCACGUGGGAGGAGGAGACGUGGGAAGGGCCGUGGCUGGAGGGCUUGGUUAAGGGAAAGGAGGGGAUGCAGCGGGGAAGGACGUGGGACGUGGAUGUGCCGCUUUGGAUGGCUAUGGUGCAGUUUGCGGGUGCUUGGGCGUUGGUGAGUGUAGAGGGGGCGAGGAGGGGCAAUCAGGGGAGGGUUGUUGGUUGGACUGGGUUUUGGGGUAUAGGCAUGCAAUUAUUGUCAUACACCAUCGCUGGCCCGAUUUACUUCAUCAUCUACUUGGUUACAUCGCCCGUAGCAAGUGGCAGCGACGUGGACGCGCUGGUCGUCGACGGACGGGAGAUGGCCAUGCUACCAGUGUGCGUCACAAUGGCCUUCAUUGUUCCGGCGUUCAUGAUGGGAUUACCAAGCAUGCCGCAAGCUGAGCACCAGAAUUGGAUAGCUACCUGGCAGGUGUUUCCCAUUCUGCAGGCUAACCUGAUUUUCUUCCUCAAGAGCUUGUGUGGCUCUUCUGGUGCUGGAGCAGAGGGGAGAAACAGCAGCAGAGUCACAAAUCGGGGGAAAGCGGCCGGCGCAAGCCCGGUGUAUCAAUUCACGAUGAGCCUGUGCGUAGUGGCUCAAUUGGCCUUCCUUACCAUUGCGCUGAUCCCGCCCACUGCUUUGCCAGAAAGCUUGGCUGCCUCGUAUCCGUGGCUCUCGACGAUGUUGAGGGAGGUGAGCAUUGGUUCGGCUCUCCCUAGGGCCCUAUGGAAUGCACCGUCUACCGAUACGGCGAGCCCGAUCUGGAUUGCGUAUUUGGCGCCGUUGGCAAAGCACUUUCUGCAGUGGGACGUGUACAGCGGUAACUUUGCGCUGCUCACCUGGGCUGCGUACCAAUAUUGGGCGGCUGGAGUCGGCGGUUUUAAGCGAUUUGGCAAGGCGUUGGGCUGGUUCGUGCUUGGUGGGCCAAUUUCGACAGCGGCAUAUCUUUUGUGGGAGAGAGAUGAGGCCGUUAUCGAAAGAGAGGAUGAGCGGGGGAGGAGGAGAAGUCGGUAAACGGUGAAGACGGACACGGGAGUUUGAGCAAGAAGAGACGGACCGGGGCAAGUCGAAGUCGAACUCGGGGACCAGAAACCAGGGCAAUGGCAAAUUCCGAAAUGCGGGGGUUCCGAGCUUGUACAGUAGGUCUCCUCACUCACUGCUCGGCGCAGAUUUCCCGUUAACGUAUCCACCACGGCAGGGGCGCGUGGCGCUGGAGACCUAGAGGUACUACCGCAGUA